CGGGGCAAAUAAACAGUUCGAGGCAGUGGUUCGAGGAUUUCGGGCGGGCGCUGGCUUUGCUUGCAGGUUUUCCGCUUCUGCAGAUUGCGAUCCGUGAAGAGAACUGAGGGCCCUUGGAAGAUGGGUGCUGAAAAUAAAGAUAAUCGGACACCUAAGCUUACAGCGCACUAUUCCUUACGGAAUAAAGAAACUCCAAUGAAACCCUCCCAGAUCACUAAUUGCCUCGCGGCCCUGCCCAUGAGAACGUUCCCGUCCCCGAGACCCGACGCGUGCCAGCACCACAUCUCGUCUUCCCCGUACCAGCCUUCCUGUCGUCCGACGUCGGUUCGCUCAUCAGAGUCGCAUCAUGAGGAGCGCCGCAAGUCGCCGUCGGGAUUGCGACCGCCCCGCGUGCAGCGCCCCCAACCUCCGGUCGCUCUGACCGUAGUGGACAACACGCCCGACGGGUCGAAAGUCUGCAGACGGGGUGUUUCCCAAGUCGAAACCCCGCACCCCAGAAAGCGUUUAAACACCCACUCCCUCUCACCAGUGACCGUGUCAGUAUCUGACUCAAGAAGACACGGCAGUCUACAAAGACGAGAGUCAACAAAGGAUUGUUUGCAAACGUCUCCAAAUGAAAAAGCCAUUCCAGUGGUGAGGUUGGACCACUCCUCUCAGAAGCGGCACACGGAAUCCAAGAACGAGGGCAGCGUCGAGAAGCUUUUUCUCCGAGUCGAGUCUCCGAAUCAGCUUGCGAAAAGCCCUCUCGGGAAGUCACUGGUGGCGGGGCCUAAAGUUUCAAAUGAAGGGUCUUCGUGCUUCGACGUAUCUUCCACGUCCAAGCCCGCCCACCCGUCUUGCUCACCGUCCAAACCGACUGCAACCAGGCAACCUUUUUUAGGGACGGCGCAGCUCGUGAGAUAUUCCCCCGAUGACAAAAUUAUCCGCUUGAGAUCUCCUUCCUAUCGCAACGGAGAAGUUUUCAAGAAAACAAGUCAGGGAUGCAACAAAACAGAAAAAGCCCUUUCUGUAGUCCAGCUGAAAAAUUCCAGCCAGUCUCCUUUCAGCCGUUAUCCUCGGGAUCCCCAACACGGUUCCUCAGAGUCCUCAGUCAAGACUCGGAUCUGCAAGUCUCACGGUGUUCCUCACGAAGGACCCAAUUGUUCUCUGAGCGUUCCACCGGCCAAAACGCACCACUCUAGAACGAGCGUUGACGUUCCCAACAAGUAUGACAAAUUGUUCACCCCAGAUAUUGUUCUCAGCCGUGUGCGCAACACCAACAAGCCCAAAACAGACGGAAAGACUGAGAAAAGACCACCAGGAUGCAGUUCCGCGCCUGUCCAAAGCUCUGAGAAAACCUGUAGUAAGCGUGAAGAUUCUGGACCUGCAAAAGUUCACACUUUAUUAACAAAGGACUGCUAUGUUUCCUUGUCUCGUGCGUCGUGCGAAAGGUUGAAUAUGGAAAAUACCAAAUCCCUUUGCGCCUUGGGCAGUAGGCCUAAAUCCAAAGAUUUCCCUGUCCGUACUCCGCACAAUCAGUUGAAGGAUGACAGCCUUAAACAUGACAAAGAAAACAAAGCUGCCCUGAUUGAGCGACCCUCCGAUCCCCCUCAGUCCCGUUCCCCUCCGAUCAAGAGAAGCAGAGGGCAAACACCAACCGCGGGUAAAAUGGAUUCUGUGUAUGAUGACCUGGACUUGGGCCUGGGUAUUGCCCUCGAAUUGGACUCAAGCCAGACCUCCAACAGUAGCGAGGAGGACCAGCUGCUGUCCUGGCAAGAGAUCAUGAACCACGUUCCCAAUAGUCCAGCCGCACAAGACACGGCGACUACCUUUCCGGAGCCAAGCGGAAUUGGAUAUUCCAGCAAUACUUUUAAAGCACAGCCAAGCACCACAAGAAGAGGCUCCUACAAAAACAGCCUGGACCAGAUGCUUAAAGAGAGAGACACGCAGAAAAAGGCGAGAGAGAGUGAGGCACAGCUUCGUACGUCGUGUGAUGAGGAGCUCUUGAAAGUAGCGGAGUACCAUGAGGAGGAGAACCGCGACGAGGGAUCCGUUGAGCAACAAGAAUUCCUGCAGCGCUACUCUUUGGAGUCCUGCGCUAUCAGGGAGGUGCCUCCGGGAGAAGUAGUGUUCCACCUUGACAAGUUUGGCCAUAUCUUCAAUCAGGAUUCUUUGCAGCUCAGAGACUGUACGGUCAAACCACAGACCACCCUACAGAAGACACUUUUAUGGUCCAGUCCGGCUCAGCUGAGACAUCACGUGAAUAUCGGCUUGUUCCAGGAAGCUUACGGUUGUCACUUGCCCUGCCCGACGCAAGUUACCGAUUUCCUGUUUAAGAUGAUGUCUGUGCAUUCUGAGAGGAUGUUGUCCGAAAAGAUACUGCACGCUCUGUGUGAAAUUGCAAAAUCGGCUGCAUAUAAUAUCGUGAAAAAAAGAAGUCAAGCGUUUCACGUGUGGGUGCCGACUUUGGCCGACUUAACUUUGGUGCUCGUGAACAUGGGCGUCACGUUUGUGACUCUGUUCCCGUUUGAACACCUGCAACCUGCGUUCACCGAGGGAGAUUUGCUAAAGAAUGCAAUUAUUCAAAGUGAAUUUCCUUCCUUCAAUCAGGAAUUGAGCAUAUUCCCAGAACACAACUGUAACAACAUAUUUAAGUACCUGUCAUAUUGCGUGAGGAUUUGUCCAGAAGUGUACAGCGACAAUGAGCUGCUCUUGCUGUUGAACGUGACGGCUCGAGUAGCUCUGGACGCCCACUUUAUCCCCUUGCCCGGUGUGGAGAUUAACAUACUGCUGUGCACCAUCGUGGAAAACGUCAGGAAUUGGGACACAAUGCUCCCCAGAAUCUGCCAGGUCCUCACCAACCUGACAGACAACCACCACAACAUGUGCCAUUUGGUUCAACUGCUCCCUAACAACACCCUCGGGAAAUGCCUUCGACAGCAUCUUAGCCUUUCGAUGAUCUCGAAACUCUUAGACGGGAUGUGUAGAUACAGGCCAACCGGAAGCGAAUUUAAGCUCACUGCACUCAGGCCAUACGUGUCCACUAUGCAACCCUCCUCCCUCCGCCGUUUCAUUUUGAACACCUCCAGCAGGAACUCCACGGAGGAUGAAGUGGCAUUUUUGGAUCAGCAGUCCUGCUACCUCUGCUACAGCCUGCUGACCUUGACCAACACAGCCUCUGAGUUCAUGUCGUUCCCGACCAAUCAGAAGGAGCAUCUGCUGAAUCUGUGCUCCGAUCUGAGAACUCACGUCAUCGGUCACAUCAGAGAAAGCGAAAAGUGGCUUUACAGGAGCAAGGUGAAGGAUCUCCUGGCCCGGAUCUACACCAACUGGCAGAUGACCCUCCACCGCAUUCAGCCUCUCAAUUCCCAGCUCUGUGACUACUGGAAGCCUUCGUCCGCCGGGACGUCGCCGCCCACCCGACAGGAGUCGGACGGUUGCCGCGGGCGCCACACAGGAAGGGCGAACGCCGAAGAAGAAGGCGAAGGAGGCGGAGGCGAGGGGAUGACGUAACGACUUCACUUCCACUCGGGAGGAAGUCAUGCAAAUGAAAAUCUCCCAUCUAAGGGCUUGUUGUUGUAUAUUUUUAUGCCAUUUUAAUAUAUAUAUAUAUUUAGUUCGCCUUAAUAUUUCUACUUGAUUUGCACUACUAAAACUGAAUCUGGACUUGAAUUAUUCAUGUCCCGACUGCAUACUCGCAAUUUUGUGGACGAUUGACCAUUCCAAAUGACAUCAAAAAUGACAGGUACAUCUUGUCUGGAUCGCAGUGUUGUCCGAACGGGUCUCACCGGAAUGUCCAGGCAUGCUUAACGGAAAAUUCCGGUGGUUCGGAGUAACAAUGUAUCCGAUAGGUCAUGUAAUAUAUGUACUCUUAUCUUGAUAAUGUGACGUUAAAUCCUCUCUCAUUUAAUAGCGUUUUUGAGAAGAUUUUUAUCGACAUUUACGAAUUUGCAGGUGCGCCGCCAUUUUGGCCAGUCACAUGACCCUCGUGCGCGGAUGUGACGUGUUACGUGCCGUUCCAAACGCUCGAUUACUUGGGACACCAUUAUGCCCAGCGCCAAUUUAUCCUCAUCUGAUGAAGAAAUAGCAGUAUCGGUGGAUCGGGAAGACGGAGGAAUACUUUUAUACAGAUUUGAACCUGUUGCUGUAAUUAAUGUUGAAUAUUCGGAUGGUUCUUCGGGCGGAGCCGUGAGCUCACUCCACGGCGAGCGAACUCCGGCCCUCGGGGAGCGAGCUCACGGCUCCGUCGCUCAGUGGAGCUCGCUAGUCAGACGUCAUUCCGCCCGAAGAUCCAUCCGAAUAUUCAACAUUAUUUACAGCCACAGGUUCAUAUCUGUACGGAAGUAUUCCUCCAUCUUCCCAAUCAACUGAUACUGCUAUUUCUUCAUCAGAUAAGGAUAAAUCCGAGAAAUCAUAAAUGGUGGCCCAUGUAAUCGAGCGUUUGGAACGGCGCGUAACAACGUCAGAUAGGUCAAGUGGCUCACGAAAAUGGCGGCGCAAAUAAAAAUUCAUAUUUGUCGGUAAAAAUCUUCUCAAAACAUUAUGAAAUGAGAGAGGAUUUAACAUCAUAUUAUCACGUUAUCAAGCUAUAUUACAUGACCUAUUGGAUACAUUGUUCUUCCAAACCACCAGAAUUUUCCUUCGUUUUAAAAGCUUAUUUUAGAAGUGGUCAGAUUCUAUUCGGUUAGCUCAGGAAGUCAAAAUAAAGAAUUUUUUAUGUUUUUUUUUUUUUAAUUUUUGUACAUUAUACAAAGUUGAUCAAAAAUGUUUGCUCUUGAAAGAAAAAUAAACAUGACAUCUCCAGAACAGGAAAACAAUUUUUGGAAGUUUGAUAUGACAUUGUCAGCUUUUCCCUACAUUGAAUAUCCUGUGGGGUUCUACAGUAUGUCACUUCAUAGGUAAUAUUUUUUUCAUAUUUAUUUUUCUAUUUGGGGAGGGGAACUAUGGUACAGAAGUGUAUUGCAUUCACUUGGAUUAAAAAAAAAAAGACUAGGGCUUUUUGGGGGUUUUAAUAAAAUUAAA